AUGACGUGGCAGGUUGAUAAAUGGAGAAAUGUCAACUUGAUGGAGGUGCAUUACCCGCGGAAAAAGCAAGGGAGCGGAUUCAUGGAAGUCUAUCAAAAUAACGGGGACCCAUUCAAGCUUCCUAGUACGGGGAAAUUGACACGUGAACAGUGUGGAGUAGCCUGCGUAACAGGCACGCGCUUCCCUCAAAGAGCAUGA